AAUAAUAUCAUAUUAUUUUAUAUAGAAUAGCAUAUUAAAUUAGCUUGAAAUGAUUCAAGAAAUUGAACUCCAAAAUCAAAAUUGGCGAAAGACUCAUUGUGCUGUACUUAAUAAUUUUUCAGAUCUUGAAUGUUGACAGAAAUUUCAUUUACUUUCGCGUAAAAUAUCUGAGAUUGUUAACACUCUACAUCAUGAUCUGUCUUCAACAACUGGCCAAAACAAUUCCAUUUUACAAGAAACUAAAGUACUUGUAUCUUUAAGGUUUCUAGCAACAGGAAGCUUUCAAAAUCCAAUAGGUAAGAAUUUUAUUAUGUGUAUAUAUUUAUAUAUGUUAUUGAAAUGUAUUUAAAAAUACUUUAAAAAAGUAAACAUGUUAGCUAAUGUUUCACUUAAUUGAUAUUAAUCCAGUGUUUAGAUUAUAAAUGUACGUUUUUUAAGAGACAAAAAGCCAACAUGAUUUUUUAAAUUAACAAAACAUAUUAAUUUUUUUAGAACAACUGCAAUUUCACAAAACUAUGUAUUAUUUUGUAAGUUUUAAAGUUAAGGUCACACAUCUUGUACAAAAUCAAAGUUUUUAUCCAAGAAUUUUCAUAAUUCAAUCAUAAACUACAUCUGAAUGAAGCUAUGAAAGUUUAUUGUUGUUUAAUUUUAGGCGACACUUCUGAGAUUAGCUAGGCUAGCACUAGUCGAAUAAUCCAUCAGUUUUGUGAGUCCUUUAUGCAACUCUACAGCUACCUUGUCAAAUGGUACAGUAGUCAAGAAGAAAUAACUAAAGUGAAACAAAGUUAUUUUGAGGCUUUUGGAGUAAAGGGUCUUUUGGGUUUAAUUGAUGGUACAGUGGUGCCCAUCAAAGGAGUCACUGGGGCUGAUGAGCCAGCUUUUAUUUGCAGAAAAGGCUAUUCAGCUAUAAAUUGCCAAUUUGUUGUCGAUUAUAUGGACAGUUCAGAGAUGUAGUAGUUAAAUAUCCAGGAUCAUGUCAUGAUGCUUUUGUUUAUUCAAAUUCUACUUUAAAACAAACGAUGGAAGCUGAUCCAGUUGCCGGUUUUCUUUUUGGUGAUUCAGGAUACGGGUUAUCGCCAGUCAUGAUUACACCAUUUAGUCCUGCAAUAACCGGUGAAAAAAUGUUUUUCAACAAAACCCACUCAAGGGUUCGAAGUAGAAUAGAACGUUGUAUUGGCAGUCUCAAAAACAGGCGGAGAUGUCUACAUAAAAGUGGCGGAACUCUUCAAUAUUCUCCUACCAAGUGCUGUUUGAUCAUUUAUACUUGUGUAUUACUUGAGAAUAUGUGCAAUUCAUUGGGUUUAGAAGAGCCAGAUAAUGUAGUAGCUAGCGACGAUGCAGUUGGUAACACUGAGAUGAUAACAGAUAAUAACAGCACUGAAAAUAAUAGUACUUUUUAUCACGUUGGUCGAAGACAAAUCAACCAAAUUCAACUUGGUUUAACUAGAAGAAAUGAUUUGAAAAACUAUAUGUUUGCCAAUAGACAUGCCCAUGUUUUAUAACGUUGUGUUAUUAGAUAAAACUGUUAUUUAAAAAAAAAUGCUUUCUUUAUUUAAGAAAUUUAGUGGGUAAAA